AAAAAAAAAAGAGAAAAGAUUGAACUCAAAACCUCUUCAUUGUGGUGGAUGGAUUCAAAUUCCAAGGAGGUUUCUCAAACAACCACCUCCACUAGUCAAUCUGAGAAGAAGAAGAAGAGUCUGUGUUAUCACAUAGUAGUAUUAGUAAUAGGUUGUAUCUUCUUCACUUUCUUAUUCUCUCUACUUUCUUUCUUCAUAAUCUUCACUGCUGGUUUUGUCUCAAUUUUUAUUGAUAAUUUCUCAAUUCCAACUACUUCUUCACUCUCAACCCAAUGCAAGAUUGUCUCUACAGGUGUGGAUCUUAGGUCGUCUAAGGUGUGUGAACUUGGACUGUUGAACUAUAAAGCCAAGUAUGUGUUUGACCCGCUUGACAAAACAAGGUUUCGAUGCCGUUACGAUUAUUAUUGGGCUACUAUCUUUAAGAUUGAAUACAGGGAACAUUCUUCAGGUGAAAUAAGAAGUGUGUUAGUAGAAGCACCAAAGGAGGCCCUACCUCUUGAUUGUAGGCCUAGUUUUGGCACGGCAUGGCUGACCAAAGACAAGUUUAAAGUGAAUGAAACUUACAGCUGUAAGUACACACCUGGCGUUUCCGAUGUGGAUAUCUUUCCUGAUAAUCUGUUCCAUUGUCAAGCUAAAGACCCAUCUACGUUUGACAUGAUUCGAAGUUAUUCCUCUCUCUCAAUGAAGAUCAUAGGUUUCUGGUUCACCAGCAAGUGGAGCACUAAGCGUGCAAUUCAAUCAGCAGUAUCUGGAAUUUUCACUGGAAUGGCUACUUCAAUGACUGUACUCAUUCUGGUUACUGUGCUACAAAGAUCGAAAUCAAGGGUGGUUAAAAUUCUAGAUGCAAGAAAUCUCCAUCUUUCCGUGUAUGGGGUAUAUUUGAAACGAGUUUGUUUUCUUGUUGUAUACUUCUGGUGCAUGGGUUGGUUGACCAUCCAAUAUAGUAAGAUGCUAGGCCUCCCUGAUCUGUUCGGCAGCUCUUAGUCUUAGUUUAAAUGGGAAAAUACAGUCUUUUGUAAAUUUGCCCCAUGUUGUUUAGUUAUGUGGUAUACCAUGUAAUGCACGGGGCAUGCUUUUAAUUGGUAUCGGGAAAAAUAUAUAUAUUCACAAAACCAUUAUAUGAAGAAUGAAUAAUUUCUGAGGAGUUCCCUUUGUAUGUCUUUAUAUUUUCAGUACACAAUAUAGUUCUAUGGAUUGUUUUUGCUCCA